UCCACACCUACUACUUGCACACUCUGUUUUCUUGUCUUUCUUAUUUUUAGUGUUUGAAUGAGCGACUCUGGCCUACGAGUUAAUGUGCCCAGCUGGGUAUCCUACGUACUCUCAUUUACUGGUCUAGCUGGACUCGCUGGAGCUGCACUGCUAUACCUUUACCAAUGCCAAAUCAUCUACCCAAGUGCCUUUCCCGAAGGAUCACGAACUGAAGUUGCAAAACCUUCGGAAUUUGGCAUGGAAUUCACAGAAACGACUCUGACUACCAAGGAUAAUAUCAAACUACAUACAUAUACAAUGGUUCUAGAGAACGAGGACGAGGCACGAGCAGCACCAACAAUCUUGUAUUUCCAUGCUAAUGCUGGCAACAUGGGACACCGACUUCCUAUUGCUAGAGUAUACCACCAAAAAUUAAAGUGCAACGUAGUGAUGCUGUCCUAUAGAGGUUACGGUUUAAGCGAAGGCAAAGCAAACGAAAAAGGCAUACGAGUAGAUGCUCAAACCUUGUUGGAAUAUGUACAGUCGCAUCCUAUUCUUAAGGACACUCGGCUUAUCGCAUACGGACAAUCGAUUGGUGGCGCUGUUGCUAUUGACAUUGUAUCGCAUAAUGAAGCGGCUUUCUCUGGACUUAUUAUUGAAAACACAUUUUUAAGUUUGCCAAAGUUAAUUCCUAACGUCAUGCCUGUGCUAAAGUACGUAACAUUCCUUUGUCACCAACAAUGGCCGUCCGAGGUCAGCAUUCAGCGUAUUGCCAACGUACCUGUCUUGUUCCUUUCUGGCGCACGCGACGAAUUGAUUCCUCCAGAACAUAUGUCCAAACUGCAUGACUUGUGUGAGACCCAGGGUGCAAAGGAUUGGCACGCGUUACCGAACGGUAUGCACAAUGAUACCUGCGUACAGCCAGGGUAUUUUACCGCUAUCCGCGAGUUCUUGGAGCGCCGUGUGUUGAAGGAAGAGCGACGAACUGAUGAGGAUCGAGAAAAGGCUGAACAUACGACGGAACGCGUGCGCAUUGAUGAGAAACCCGUAGACGAUAGAAAGGAACAACCACAGCAACUUCACACAUCACCAGAAACUUAUCAACUUGUGAGUGGAGUCGCUGAUUCUGAAGGAAUGACCCACUCGUUCCAAGUAGAAGAAAUCGAGUUGGAUGAAGAGUAAAUUAUAAAGAAAAAGGAAUAUACUACCACCCUGUCUUUUGCUCUGAUGAAACGUGCUGAACUUCAUUCUGAAGUAAAGAAUGGAAAGGGACCCUGAAUUGAGUGAGGUACAUCCAUUCAGUUCAUGUCCGUCCCUUAUUCGGGCAGUGGGAAUGCAACACCUACCAAUAAGAGUCCAUGCUAUAAAUUCGCUCCCCGGUAGCAACGUUGGUGGGCAGUUAAGACAGAGUAACUUCGUUGCUUCUCUUUCUUCUUUUUUUUUUC